UCCUCUUUGUAACUAACACGGACCUUCCCUUCGAAUCGAGCGAUAGAAAGGGAUUAAAAACCCUAGACAACUCCAAAGAAAAUCCCUAGACCAAAACUUGUGUAUUUUUGUUUUUAAUCGCUUCAACAAUUAGAUAUUGUUUCCUGUUCAUUUCGUUUCGGUGUUUUCUCUGUUUCAGAUAUAUCUAUCUGUGUUUUUGUUGUCGUUUUUUUUUCAGGAAAAAGAAACGAAAUGAUUGGAAGCUGAGUUUACAGAGAUUAAACGUGUAUUCGUAUUUUUGUGGGUUUGCGUGUUCUUACUCUAAUGUGUGGGUUUUGUGUUGUGAAAUUAGGGUUUCACAUAUCAUCUCCCUUUCCUUACGGAAGUUUAGGCUUUUGAGUGUUUCCUCGCCGCGAAUCCGACUAUUCCUGUGAGUGACUCUUAGUUGGAAAGAUGUCGUCACAGUAUCCCAUUCUUGGCAAUCGGCCAAUUGAUCAGUGGAAGGUUACAGAGCUAAAAGAGGAACUUAAGAGAAGGAAAUUGACAAUCAAGGGGCUGAAGGAUGAUUUGAUCAGACGUUUGGAUGAAGCUAUCCGUAUUGAAAUGGAAAGUGCUGGAAAUGAUGUGGAUAAUGUUCUUAAUAGUGGAACCCAACCUUUAGUUGGUGCAAGAGAUGUGCAGUCGGUGCCUGUUGCUGCAGAAACAGCUAAAUACCUUGCUGAUCAUGGUGGUAAAAAGAACAAGGAGCCAGAUAAGGUUGUGGUUCAAGUUGACAUUAAUGACAGUGUAGCAGCCUUGGAUCAAGAAAAAGUUGAGGAAGCUGGCUUCAGUGGUACUGAUUCUGGCAGGGUGGAAGAGAAGCUGGUUGUUCACACAACUGCCAUUGAAACCAGCGCUAAAGUAUCUGAGAUUGUGGUAUCUGAGGUAGCGUUGAGUGGGCAGGAUUUGGAGAAAUUUGAAACUGAGAAGGAGAGUAGAAACUCAAAGCCCCAACUGGAUAAUGAGGGUUCAACGCCCCAGCUUGGAAAUGAGGGUUCAACGCCCCAGCUUGGGAAUGAGGGGUCAACGCCCCAGCUUGGGAAUGAGGGUUAUGAGGGUUCAACGCCCCUGCUUGGGAAUGAGGGUUCAACGCCCCUGCUUGGGAAUGAGGGGUCAACGCCCCAGCUUGGGAAUGAGGGUUAUGAGGGUUCAACGCCCCUGCCUGGGAAUGAGGGUUCAACACCCCUGCUUGGGAAUGAGGGGUCAACGCCCCAGCUUGGGAAUGAGGGUUAUGAGGGUUCAACGCCCCUGCGUGGGAAUGAGGGUUAUGAGGGUUCAACGCCCCUGCUUGGGAAUGAGGGUUCAACGCCCCUGCUUGGGAAUGAGGGGUCAACGCCCCAGCUUGGGAAUGAGGGUUAUGAGGGUUCAACGCCCCUGCGUGGGAAUGAGGGUUCAACGCCCCUGCAUGGGAUUGAGAGUUUAAAGACUCCUGAGAGUGUCAAGCUCGACUGUUCUACCCCGGACAACCAGGUAUCUGAGGUCAGCCCUAUUUUUGGGUCUCAAGUAAAAUCUGAUUCUAUUUCUACUGAUUCUGUGUCAAUUAAUGAAAAGAAUGAACUAAAGGAUAAUGUAAUUACUGAUCAUGUCAAAUUAGAACUAGAUGUUGUUAAGCCUGAGAUGGUGGUACCAUCAUUCAGCAAUGUUGUCCCAGUUGGCGGUGAAUCACAUCCAAUGGAUGUUGAAGGGCCACUUGAGAACAAGACAUCUGAUGCAGAGAAAGAUGACAACAAUGCUACAGAUGCAGACAUAAGCAAGAAAAUUGAUGGUACGGAUGUAGGGUACUCGGAAAAAUUGAAUUUAGACCGAAGUUCUGGUGAUGAUUCCAUGGAAGAGGAUGUGCUGGAGGGUAAGCAAAUUGAUUGGAAGUAUAAUUCUGAAGAAGUCAACAAAAGUGGAGUACCUAUUGUGAAGGAGGAAAGUCAUGCUGCUGUUCUUGGGGAUUCUUUAUCUGGUGAGAAAAGGGAUGUCCAAGUUGAGAAUGAGAGUCAUCGAGCUGCAACUGUUGAGAAAAGAAAACUUGAUGAUGUCCAUACAGAUCAAGCAGCAGCAAAUAAUGAGCCAAUCAAGAGGCAACGUAGGUGGAACUCUGAAGGCCUCAAAGUUCCAGAGCCUCAGAGUACAAAUUCUACGCCUAACACUACUCCCAAGGAUGCUUUCCAGACAACUCCCAAGGACACUUUCCAGACUACCCCCAAGGACAAUUUCCAGUCUACUGGUUUGAAACGUAAUCUCUCUAGAUCAGACUCUACAAAUAGUGAUAGUACACCAAAGGAACGUGUUGUUCCACCAUCGCAAAAAGCUCCAUCUAAUUCACUUAGAAUUGAUCGAUUUCUGCGGCCCUUCACCUUGAAAGCAGUGCAAGAACUUCUGGGCAAAACUGGGACUGUUACUAAUUUCUGGAUGGACCACAUCAAGACCCAUUGCUAUGUUACUUACUCAUCAGUAGAAGAAGCCAUAGAGACAAGAAAUGCUGUGUAUAACCUGCAAUGGCCUCCAAAUGGUGGGCGUCUCUUAGUGGCUGAGUUUGUCGAUACUCAGGAAGUGAAAAUGCGGUUGGAGGCACCUCAAACUCCAGCUGCUCCUGCCAGUUCUGGUCCUACUGUUCCUCUAGCCCCUCCCACCUCGCAGCCGCAGCCCUCGCCCCGUCAGCAUAAUAGGCAGCAGCUUCCACCCCCACCUCCUCUCCCACCUCCACCACCUUUGUCGAACUCACCGGAGUCACGAGAGCGGGCUCAUCUUCCACCCCCACCUCCACUUCCAGAGAAAAUUGAUCCACCUAUUGUCACUUUGGAUGAUCUCUUUCGGAAAACCAAAUCAACGCCUCGGAUCUACUAUUUACCAUUGUCAGAAGAUCAAGUUGCAGCAAAACUUGCAUCCCAGGGCAAAAACACCAAGCAGUAGGGGAUCAGGCUAUCUAACUUAUUGCUAGCUGCUCAAUGGAUUUUCUUAUGGGUUGGUCGGUGUGUUAGAUAAUGAUGGUAAGAAAGUAUCAUGUGAUUGCAUCUUUGCAGGUCUGCAGGUGUUGCUUGUCGGAAGGAAAUGUACCGGGCAAGCAGAAGCAUCCAGUUGGUAGAUGGGUUUGGGUUUUUGCGAGAGGAGUGCUUUGAUUUGAGGUUAAGUUAUAUCUAGUUUAGAAUAUCCUUCAAAGUUAAGAGCUCUCUUUGAGUGGACAGAUUUACCUUCUAGAGCAGCUCGUUUUCCUGUUGAACUGGAGUUUCUAUUUUGUGAACUUUUGAGUUGCUAGAGAGUCUAAUUUCUAUUGGAUAUGUCCCCCUUUAAAUAUAGAGAUGCCGUUUGAAGUUGGGGAUCUCCAUGUUGAUGGGUGUCCCAGAUUCUUCGGGCAUUGAAUCCGCUAUUAUUAUUAUUAUUAUUAUUAUUAUUAUUAUUAUU